UUUUUCGCACCAGUACCCCUAGUGUAAAUUUAAUCGACAUCAUAACGUGACGAACGAGUUUGCGUUAAGUCUCAUUUUGUAUAGGAUUUUCAGUUUCCAAAACGUCCCGCUUGGCGCGCUCUUUCUAAAUCCAAUACAAAAUGAGACUAAACGCAAACGCGUACGUCACGUUUCGAAAUCGAAUUUAUUUACACUAGGGGUACGGAAGUUCUUUUUUGUACUUUCGUCAAGUUCCACCGUGACAGAAUCAAAUUCGGACUUAGUAUCUCCUUUAUGGGAAACCAUUGUGCAUUUCAUCGCGGUAUCAAGUCGGUACGACAUUUUGAGACCUGAAACCAUAGAGAUUAUACAUCUCUGUUAUAUUGUAGUCAUUAUUUAGUUUAGGAUUAUUAUAAUAUAAUGUUUACCCAGGUAUUGGCUACAAUACAACAUUUAUAAAUGUUGUUAUGCAUUUUUCAUGUCACUAUGUUCUAUUGACUUGUAAAAGAGCCCUUGAGGCCUACUUGCAGAAUAAAUGUAUUGUUUUUUUUUUAAAGCCAGUCCAGUCCAGUCAACCAGUUAAUGGGGCCAGUCCAGUGGUGUCAUGCACACGAAUUAGAGCAAAUAAUGCAGUCUAACGCCACAACCCGAUUGGUUGAUGAGUUCUCAUCACCGCGCGAUUGUUAGCAAAUAGUUGCGCUAGACUGCACGAUUGGCUCGAAUUCGCGAGUGACACCAUCGAACUAGCACCAUUCUUGGUGCAAGUAAGGCCCGUCCUUACAAAUCCCGUCAAUACAUACAAGUAUAUAUUUUGUGUAUCUGUUAGACAAGAUUAUAAAUAUGCUCAACAGAUGAUUACAAGUAAAUUGUUCCUAUAUCUCAUUCUUAUUAUUUGUAUGUAACUUCCUUACCAUGUAACUAAUAUUUACAUCGAUUUUCAUAAAUGCCAGCGCUCAAAAUAGUUCACUCCAUAAGGCCUAACUGAAUCUAUUAAAUGAUGUACCUUGUACUGAAGUAAAUCGCAUUUUCCGUUACAACGUGUUGCAUUUACCGCCUCACGUCCUGUGACGCAACAAUGUAAUACAAAACCAAAUAGUUGUAUCUCCAUAUUAUCAAAGUGACAUAAGCCUUUUUUCUACACGUUUGCGGGUAUUGAGCUACGCCCACGCUACUUCCAACGUUUCCGCAAAAUAAAAUUAAUUUUACUCUCACCCCAGGCUCGGAGUACGCAUGCGUCGCAACUUGACAUGCGCCUCGUGUGACACCUGUCAAAUACAUCCAGUCCGUGAAAAGGCGAACCCUUCGCUACACUGUUUGACGUCAUAUAAUCUAAACUAAUCAAAUCUACAGCUGCAGUGCUGAAAAACAAUGUGAUUUAGAAGAUAAUUAAUCCAUCAUCAUGUUUGAGGGCGCGGUAGCCGGCAUCCUCAACCGGCUGCUGGGCAAGUACGUUCAGGACCUGGACACGGAGAACCUGAACGUCGGUAUCUUCUCUGGAAAUGUUAACCUGACUGAAUUGAAACUCAAGCCAGAGGCUCUGUAUGAGCUCGACCUCCCAAUCGAUGUCAAAAUCGGCACCAUCGGCCGAAUCAACCUCCAAAUCCCCUGGUCUGGGCUCUACACCCAGCCCGUCAUCGUCAACAUCGAAGACGUCCUAGUCCUCGUCGGUCCAGCCAUCUCCAACAGCUACUUUGACCCUGAACGUGAAAAACGACUCACUAGAGCAGCAAAACGGAAAAUACUCCAAGAUUUGGAAGCGGAAAGUGAGAUUCUCAAAGGCCCGCAGAAUUUCUUUGAAACUCUGUUCACGGCUAUAGUGAAUAAUUUGCAGAUUUAUGUCAGGAAUGUUCAUGUGCGGUAUGAGGAUUCGAUCAGCUCGAAGGAUGGGCCGUUGGCCUGCGGGUUGUGUUUGCAGAGUUUGUCCAUCGAAACAACGAACAGCAAAUGGAAACCCUCCGUAACUCCAGCAAACGCAUCAACAGUAUACCAGAUGAUGCGCAUAGAAUCCCUCUCUCUCUACUGGAACCCCACCGCCACGGCCCUGGACGACGCGGAGAUAGCCAACAUUACUCCCAUGCAGUAUUACAAUUGGAAGCAUUACAUGAUGACUGGGCUGGAUAAGUUCUCUAUGCACCAUGAGGAUUUUGAGUUCUUACUCAAACCAGUAACCUGCAAAGUGAAGGUUCUCAUUAACCGCUCGAGUGAAGCUCGGGUCCCUCGCUUGCUGUUGGACGCUAUGCUUCAAGACAGCGCAUUGCAGUUGUCACGACGGCAGUUCUUGUCUAUAGACAAUCUAUUGUCUUCUUUUCAUAGGAUUCAGUUAAAUAGAAAAUACCGCCACCUCCACCCCGGCGUGCCCCCAUCCAAAGACAUAAAAAAAUGGUGGCGCUACGCCUACAACGUAGUUCUCGAACAACGCGUCCGGCCUUACACCUGGGCGGCCAUACAAAAACAUCGAGCCAACUACCACACCUACAAGCAGACUUAUAAGAGUACGUUGAGGAGUCCUCAUGAUACGGAGUUGAAGUUGGACCUGCAGCAGUGCGAGGACAGCCUGCCGAUUAUUUCGGUGGUUAUAGCCAGAGAACAGGCUAAGUAUGAGUUACUAUCUCAAGAGCCAGACCGUAUCGAAGUGGUGGAGUCAGAGUUUGACUGGUGGCAGAGCGAGGAGAAGGAACAACGGGUAGAAUUGUGUGUCAAGACUGAGAGGAAAACGCUGUGGAGUCAUCUUUCUAGUCCUGAGCGGAAGAAGGUUUGCGAACUAAUAGGUUAUGUUGAAGGAGCUCCAAAGGACAAGUCAAAACAAUACAUUGAGCACAAACUAAACUUAACGCUAGCAAACUGUUCAUUGACUCUCAUGAAUAGAAACAAGGAAGUGUUGGGUGUGACACUCACACAGUUCUUGGCGUCGUUGGAAACUAGACCUUCUGCUAAAGCUUAUAAGCUCUCAGCGCGAGCAGAAAGCAUAGUCAUGGAAGGGCUUUCCUCUGACGGUGAACUAGUACCUUUACUCACAGCAGAAAAAGGUUCUCCUACCAGUACAAAUCUACUCGCGUUGGAUAUAGAGAAAAAUCCGGCGAGUAGCGAGGCGGAUUACGGGUUAUGUUGCUUGUUGGAACCGGUCGAAGUGACUUAUGUCGAGCACGCGUUCACCGAGCUGAUAAACUUCUUCCAAACCCGCUCGAUGACUUCUGAAGAACUAUUCGAAGAAUUAACACACGCUGCCGACAAAGCGGCGGUGAUGGGACGAUCAGUUCUGGCGUAUGCUGUGAGCAGAAAGAAGAUGUUCCAUGUUAACGUUGAUGUGAAGGGGCCGUGUGUUAUCAUUCCGGAAUACGGAUGCGCUAGCAAGACUGGUAAACUAAUGGUGAUGGACAUCAGCCGUAUCAUCAUUAAGUCCGAUCUUCAACCUUCGAACCUGGCGCUGGAAGACGCUACGUGUAUGGAGCUGGAAGAAAGGCUGUACGACCGGCUUCAUGCUGAGUGCUCUUGUCAGGUUCUAUUCUGCGAGGGCGUUGAAUCCUGGCGCGAGGCACGACGCCAAACUGACUCUGAACUUCAUCUGGUACCACGUAUGAAGGCUCAGGUCGUCUUCUCAAACAGCAUCAAGAAGGACUACAAACUGCUACCAAGAUACAAACUGAAUAUAUCGCUCUCAAGCGUGAAGCUGAACCUAUCUCAGCGCAUCAUCGCCUCCCUACUGGAUUUCCUGGACAACUUACCUGUACCCGUUCCGAACACUGUGCCUGUUUCUUUCAUGGACUCUGGGGAUUAUGCUGAGGAACUUGAAGAACCGGAGAUGACGGCAAUGAUGAAGGAUAAGGUGCCGUGUGAUCCAGGGCAUGGCGAGUUGGUUAGACUGCGCCAGAAGAUUGUAGCUGCUUAUUUGAGUAGAAACAAGGUACCAGAAUCAACAUUCGACCGAGCUGGCGCGAAACUAGGCUUCCAAGAGUCCAACCAAGUGUUCAUAUCAUCAGAACAUAGUGACGAAGAUAUGGAGGUAUACGCUCGCUCAGUGGACCUGCCUGGUUUUGAUGAUAAUGUGUCACCAAGUAACAAUAUAAAUACGCUGCUGAGAUUCGUUGUUGGUGAGAUCGUAAUUAACCUCUCCCGUUCAACACGAGAAGACAAGGAUCGUCCGUACGUCCUGCUAAGCAUCAGCAAGGUCUGUCUCGACGUUGCUCUGAUGCAGUACGGGCCUGCCGUCCAGCUGUGUGUCACUCAGGCAUCAUUGCUGGAACAUACUGAGGCAGGAGAUGUUUUGCUGCUCAGUAGUUCGGGAGAACUGCUCAAUCUACUUUACAGGAAGGUGCGUGCCGACUGCCCGGACUUCCGUAGCCACUUCCACAGCGUAGAACAAAGUCUGGUGGGUGACACGGGACCUAUUGCUAUGUCCUUGAAUGCUCAAGGACUCAAGUCGCUGGUGCACUACCUACAUUGUAUUUAUGAUGAAAUCCAAACUCGCCACGAGUUGAACUUGAAGAAAGCUCUCCUGCCGAAGACCAAAUCUCUGUGGGACUAUCUGAUGCAACCUGAAGCGGACCCGCCCGUGCCUUCUGGGGCCACCAAGUUCAGUUAUUCUGUCAGGGUGUCGUCAGCAUCAAUAAAGCUGAGUCACCAACACGGCGGGCUGCUAGAACUAAGAAUAUGUGGUCUUGAGAGCGACUGUGUGUUCCGCGCCAACGAUAGAAUGAUAUUCAAGCUAUUCCUUGCUUCGGCUCAUCUUGAUGACUUAGCCGGAGCUACGCUGUAUCCCAAACUAAUGUGGCCGGACGAAGACAGAGUCCUCGAGUUGAAAUACGUUCGUGCUGCACCUCGAUAUUACGGCCGACAAGAACUCAAAUCUCAUGGAGAGCUCAGGAUACAUCUCGGAAGAGUGCAGCUGGUGUUGCUGAACUGCGCUUUGCAUCAAUUGCAGCAAUUCCUCGAACCUCUAAUACCAUCCAGUGUGGCUACGGAGGCGGCAGUAGCCGCCGAGAAGGCAGCCGAGAGGCAGGCACGCGGCAUUAGAACUUGGAGUGCGAGAAUCAAUCUUGUCAUUGAGCUCCAUGCACCUGUACUUUUACUGCCUCAGAAACCAUCCUCGCCGAACUUACUCGUCCUGAACAUGGGUGAUCUUCAGAUAGAAAAUUUCUUCAAGCAAGUAACACGGGACGCGUCAAGUCCUAUACAGAGCCCAGUCAUAGACAAUAUACUUGUCACACUGAACAAUGUCACGUUAUCUCGCGCUGUUAUGAGCCUCGCGGGGACGUUGGAAGUGCAAGAACCAAUCCUCGAGCCGGUUUCUCUCCGCUGCGACCUAAAACGAGCCGUCUCCUACCAGCAACAGAGCGCGUCACAUCGCGACCUUCUAUUAUGUGACGCGCACGUCACUAUGGACACGGUGGUUAUGAACCUGGGGCACAAAGAUCUGGCUACGGUGCGGGCUGUUUGGACUGAUAAUUUGAGCGAGGCGAGAUAUAUCGACAGCAUCAUCCCAAGCUCUCCAGUAGAAACACAACCAAGCGACGCGUCGGUAAAGAAGUUGCAGGCCUUCUUUGCACAGGGCGAGCCGAUACGAAAGGAGGCCGUUGUAAGGUUCACACUGGAAGGCAUCGAACUAAAGCUGUUCUCCGACAUGGACGAAGUACUAUCCUCUCCAGUACGAGACUUGAACCAUGGACUGGCCAAACUCACUGCUGGAGAAGCAGCAGUACAGUUGGACUUCUUCUCUGAUAGUAGUACGGAGAUGAGAGCUAGUCUACAGAGUUUGCUGGUUGAAGACAUCAGACCAGAGCCAGGCAUUGUUAUUGAGAAAAUAUUCCAAUCUCAAUGCUACUCCAGCCGCCCCUCCACGGGCAUCUCCGUCUGCCGCCCGCCGCUGCUCGACGCGACCGUCCGCAUGACGGGGGCAAGGGGCACCAGCUGCGACGUCAGAGUGGACAGGACACGCAUCAACUUGUCGGUCCCGUUCUUGAUGGCCUUGUGUCGAGCGCUGUUGGAAGCUGCGCCAGGUGAAAGAAGCAUGGAAGGCGGCGUCGUCAACCACGGAUACGUGGGUGAACAUGCAAAAGGCAACAAUAACCGGCCUGCAAGGUUCCCUAGCUCCAGUGAUUCUACCAGCGGAUACUACUCGGCAGCAACAUCAGUACCUGAAGAAUCUCCCGGUCUGUCCAUCUCCAUACAGUUCCGACAACCGGAAGUAAUGUUCUUUACGGACCUGGGAAAAUCCGAGGGCCAUGCUCUUCUGCUUCGUACUGAAUUACUUAUUGAUUACUCGAGCCAUUCGAGUACUGAGAACUUCGUGGUUUCACUGGCAGGUCUCCAAAUAAUGUCCAAGCUUCAGUCUAAACUGAAGAAUUUACCGCCUCAAAUAGUACUAAAACCUUGUGACCUGGAGUUCUCCAAGAGCUUCAAGAAUAUCGAGGAAGGAGUGAAGGUGAACGUUAAAGUUUCUGAGAUUGAAGUCCAUCUUGCUGCUACUACUGUGCAUACUGUUGUCGAUAUAAUGGAAGAAAUCCAGUCAGAGCUGACGAUUCCCGACUGCGAGCCGUUUAACUUCUCCACUAACCCCAAGUUUGAGAAGCAAGAUGAUGAACUCUGGGCUCCCAAAAAGAUCGCACCGUACGUCAUUGUGAACCCUGAGGACAGCUAUGUUCAGCCAAAAUACCCAGCUCUAAAAGUGCAGGAGAGCUUCACCAUGGUGGUGCCAAGUGUGAGAGUGCUUCUUGAGGUUGAGCAGACUGUGCGCGUUCCCGUAAUGAUGUUCAAGUUGACCGGAGAAUUAACGCUCCAUGACUGGUCCCGCGCACUGCACGGCGCGGCGAGCCUGACAGCGCAUGCGUCGUGCUACAACGACCGCCUGGAUUGCUGGGAGCCGCUCUUGGAACCAGUUGUCUGCGACGAGAACGUAUAUCGUCCUUGGGAUCUCACUGCGAGCAUAUUCCAGGCCAAGGCGUACCCGAUGUCAUCUCGCCUGGACACUACAAUUCAAAAAGAGACUGACGCCGAGACUUUCACAGAUAGUGCGAAACGCACGCGCAAACGCAGCGCGUUCGAAUCAGAAACUUCCGCCGAUGAAGACAAUACGGACAACGAGAUGACGUUUAUUAAGAACCCCCAAGGAAACAGAAAAGAUGCAGAAUAUAGCGGGAACAUGUCGUUCCUCAACGCGUUGGAUGUGGACGAAUCUGACUCGGAGAACGAGAACGGACUUAUGGAUAAACUGGCGACGGCUAUGGGACAUCUGUUUACUGACGAUUCAAGUGCUGAAGAACUAAGCAACGAUUCAGACUCGUCUGCGCCUGAGCAGAGCGACGGAGAAACUGACAAGGAGGUUGACAAGACUGUCUCUUUCAUCGACGGCGAGAGGAAAGAGAGGACUGUUACGGUUCAGGACCCCAUUCGCCAAGAUAGCGUAGACUCUGGCCUUGAAUCAGAAAGCGUCGAGCGUCUCUGCACCUAUAUAGUCAUCGAAGCGCGCUCAGCGCUGAAAUUAACAGCGCACGCGGCGCUGGGACGUGCGCUGGCAGCGCUCAGCGUGGAUCGGACGGCUUGUGUGGGGGCUAUUGUAACGCCACCUCAACAACUGACGCUUACUAACGAUAUACAGCCUGGCUCCACCGUUCACUUGAAGACACAUUCGGAGACAGACCUCGCAGGAAACGAUCGGGUGCUUAUCGUGGCGGAUUACGACGUGGACAGCAGCAGGCCAAGCACACCAGGAUGUGAUACAUCAUCAGCAGAUAUGCUGGAUGAUGCAGCUGAAUUGAAACCGGAGACAACCGAUGUCAGUGACGACUGGGAUUGCUUGGAAGGCGGGUUUCCAUCAUCAGCUCUAGAGACUAAGCCAACGACUUGGCAUUCUCCAUUAUCGCCACCCCCGGACGCCCCGAAGCUACAUCGACGGCUUACCGACAAGACGCUUACUAUCAAACUGCAUGAUUUGGAUGAACUUACGAUUCCUUGCCCCCAGCGCACUGUGUCGAAGUUGCAUGUGCUACACCCGAGCAGGAAUGGAACCCGUUACUAUAUUGUUGUCGAGCGGACUUCGAGUUAUAACCAGCAGAAAAUCGUCGUGCGAUCGCCUCUGCAGCUCCGCAACGAGACCUCAUACCCACUAGAGCUAUUCUACAAAAAAACCGACUUGCAAGCGAUAGGGGCCGAGCUGAUCGGAUCCGUCAGCAACCCGUUCGACGACAAGAUGCGGCUGGCGUGCGUGGCGCCGCAGGACACCUACAAUGUACCCUUGUAUAUCGCGUACCAUUGCAAGUUGUUCCUAUUGCCCGUACUUGCUGACAAUUACCAAACCUCAACUCAAGGCAUCUGGUGGAUGGAACUGGCCAAAGACCUGGGCAGUCCAAGGGAUAUAGUAUGUCCAUCUAAGUCCGAGGAAGACUCCAAGGUUUUCGCCAUGAGGAUACUAACAGUCGAAGGCUGCCCCUCCCCAAAAAUAACCCGUUCCAUCCCCAACUACCUAAUCCGGGUGCUCCCCCCACUGGCGGUCUACAACCGCCUUCCAUACGCGUUAGAGCUUACCUGCGGCGACAUCAGCAUGCGGGUGUCGGCAGGCGAGCGCACGCACACACACGCACUGGAGCUCACACAGGCGCACCGGGUCACUGUGCAUGUGCAGUACAUGGGGCUGCCGUGGACCGGCAGCUUCACUCUGUCACCAGAUGUGACCGAAAAAAACAUAACAAUGAGUACAGAAUGCGACACCCAGGGCGGGAAUAAGCAGUUGGGUGUCCGAGCGUGGUUGCGACGAGCAGACUGCUGGCAAUUACAUCUGCAUGCGCCAUAUUGGAUUAUCAAUAAGACCACACUGCCAUUGCAGCUAAAGGGCAGCCACUCGGACACGGUGUACGAGGUGACGGACGAGCCGCUGCUGUGGGCGCCGGCGCGGCGCCACCGGCAGGCCGACAAGCUUCGGCUGCGCGCGCACCAGUCCGCGUGGUCCCGCGCGUGCCGCGCCGCCGCCGCCGCGCCCGGCCUUAUCGUGUGCGCGCACACCGAGAGGAAGAUGAACUACCGGAUCCUGCUCAAUGUAACGCUCUCCGAACUCUGCCCCCAACUGACCAAAAUCGUGACCCUCUUACCAUACUUCCUCGUGUACAACGACACUAAACGUCAUUUGCGAUUCAUGGAAGAGAAUGAAGCAGCAGAUCUCUGGAUAGACUUGGCACCCCAGCAGUGUACACCGUUCUGGCCUCAGACGGACUCUAUGGCCAUGCAUUGCAAGUACAGGGACUCGGGAGUCGUGAGCCAGCAUUUCCCGAUUACGAAGAAUCAUUUUACGGUACUGAGGAUGGAUAAGGGGUCGGCGAUCACAGUAGAGGUGACUGGUGGUACAGACCGGCCGUUCACCAUCACAUUCAAACCUUACACAGCUGGAGACGCGCCCGUACGAAUUGACAACCUAUGCGAUGACCUGUUCCUCAAGUUACACCAGAAAGAUUCUGGACAAGUGGCUUUGCUAAGCCCAUACCAGUCCAUGCUAUAUACGUGGGACGACCCCAGCAAAGAGCGGCAGUUGAUGUGGAACAUAUACAAUAAUAAGGGAAAAGGAUAUAUCGCUGACUUCAGCCAAGACGGUAACGGCGAACAGAAAGUAAGCUUCCAUUCGGUCAAGCACUCCACCCUGGUCGCUACCAGCAGCGUCACCUCCAAGCUGUCGUCGACCCUCAAGCGACUCACCCCCAGGUCCCCAGAACCCGGCACCUCCAGCUCUGAUGACUCCGAGAACGAACAACCCGACCCUCAUAAGAAAAAGAUGAGGAAAGACAAAGUUAUCGUCUAUUGGAUAUCCUACAUGGAAGGUUUACAAAGAGUAUUUGUAUUAGCUCAAGAUGAAAGAAUAGCCUAUCAGUAUAAAAUGAGAAUUAAUUCAGAAAAGAGUGAUUAUGAAGUGUACUUAUCUUUAGCAGAAGUUAGUUUAUCAGUUUGUGUUGAUACAAAGCUUGGAGUAAAAGAGUUAGCUCAUCUAAGUGUAACGGACUCGCUUCCGCGUUGGGAAGUAAAUGUUAGCCACAAAUGGAAGCAGUUAUCACCCGACUUAACAGCCUGGAUUGAAGAUAAAUAUCAAUCUGAACAAAAGAAAUGCCAGUUGAAAGAAUACAUUCAUAUAGACUUGGAAAAAAUGCAGAUGACGAAACCUUUCUUCUCGGAGUUAAGGAGAACUUAUAACCCUGGAGUUUGGUUGCAAUUAAGGAAAUCAGACACAUUGACAUACUGUCAUUUAAAGUUACAGAGGUUACAGAUAGAUAAUCAGCUAAGCGAAGCUGUAUUCCCUAGUGUGUUAUACCCAGCUCCUUUGCCAAACGCACGUUCGACCCGUGGACCGAAACCAAGUAUGGAACUAGUAGGUUUAAAACAACACAGACCUUCUUUGAACCAAGACGUUUACAAGUAUUUGAAAGUUUUAAUUCAGGAGCAUUAUGUGAAUUUAGACAGAGGUUUUGUCAACUACGUAUUUGAUAUUUUGAACCAUUGGAAACUUGAAGAGAAACCUGCUGUGAGACUUAGAGCGGAUCUGGCGUUAGUACAUAUGCCUUUACCGAUCAUAGCUCUGAAAUCUCAGACUAGCGCUCAGAGAAAUGUCGUUUUUGAGUUUGUGCACUUGUCGCCAAUUAAAUUGGUGCUAAGUCUGUCUUCUAGGGGGUAUUCGGGGGAGAACCCUAACAGUCCGACGAGAACUAGGUUUUGUAGUAAGAAGGAGAAUCGGCCUAAACUGUUCAAUAGUGAUCUGUUGGAGUAUUUGUUCAAUUCCUGGGGAUCGUCGUUGUGUGAUAUGAAGGAUGUUGUUUUAAGAAUGGCCUACUUAGAGAUCCGAAACGCCCCUAUCACCACGACAGCUCUCAUCGACACAGCGUCUCGUUUCUACUGGACGCAACUAGUACAACAAUUCUACGUAUUGGUCCUUGGGCUGAAUAUACUGGGCAACCCCUACAGUACCAUUGGAGAUUUUUGUCGAGCUAUGAAGCAUUAUUAUGAACCUUAUUUGGGCACGAUCUGCGGCAGGCAGGAGGACCCCUCGGCUCGCCUGGAGCUGGGCGCGGCGCGGCUGCUGGGGCAGGCGGCCGGCGCCGCGCCGCCCGCGCUCUUCGACGCUGCGCCGGCGCGUCGUCGCGCAGUUGAAGACGGUGCGCUAAGCAACGACCUGCCAGAGAAGGUUCUAGAAGCAAGCCGCAGCCACCCCGCCAGCGUAGCCCUAGCACUUUCUGGACUAGUUGCUAGACCGAGUGUCGAUGGCGAAUAUCUUGUUUUGCGACACAUAUGUCGGGAAGCGAUGCGCGCUGCCGCCGGCAGUGGCGGGGCGAGCGCGCUCCGCGCAGUGGCGGAGCGCGCUGGACAUAGGCUCGUGGCGCGCGCGAGGUUGCCGCGCCACUGCUCUAAUACUGAGGGUAUCCGGCCAUACUCCCACCACGAAGCGCUCGGCCUCCAGCUGCUGACGCUGCUGGGACGGGGCCACUACGCGGACACGGACGCGUACCUUGCCCACGCGCAUCUAGCUCCAACCAAUUGUAGUCUACUGAUUUCCACGCAACAUAUCUUCAUGGUCCGAGCCGGCGGUGCAAGUAACUCAUGGCAUAUCGAAUGGGUCCUUAAGCUAGAUGACAUCAUAGGAGCGCCCACUGUCAGCGGGGAUAAGCUCAUACUUAAUGUGAAACAGGACGAGAUGGUAAGCUACUUCUCGACGGACGAGAAGGUGAUAGAGGUCCCGGACCGCGCGGUGCUGGAGUGGCUGCGAGCGAAGGUGGAGUGCGCGCUGGUGCUGGCUCUGGAAGAUAAGCGGUGUCCCACCGAUUAGGCAGCUUAUUGGUAACCUCUUUUCGUUACAGUGAUUUCUUUUAUCGUUGGGUUUAUGUUUAGUUAUUGAUUGUAAAAAAAAGAAGUGUAAGAAAAUCGUGCCCUGGGUUCCACUGCUGAAGAUAGUACUGUACAUAGUUAAGUGACCCCCCGCCCGUUGCAAACAAAUUUCUAUGCGGGUCCCUUAACUCUGCAGCUUACUGGUACUCAAAAAUAUCUGAACAUGCACUUUAUCUAUCGUCUUGAUAAUACAGGCUUUGCUCAGAUAUUUGUGAACACCUGGCGACUGUAUGGCGCCGUAUCUUUGUGGUACUUGAAUUGCCAACAACUUCUUUUGCCGAUUGCCGACAACCAGAGGGACCGCAUUAGACCGAAACUAUACAGCGCCGUCUACCAGCUGUCAAAUUGGAUACAUGAAAUUUUCUAACACUUUACAACUCAUUCUACAAUCUCUUUGGUUGAACUUAGCCGCCAGUUUAAUUUAAACGAUGAUACAUUGAUUAAGUUGUGUAAAUCUAGGACAAUUUGUUGCUUCAAAUUUGACAGGUAAACGAGAUGGCGCUGUACACCUCCAUACAUUUUGCGGUAAGUAACUCUGAUUGUCAAUAGUUGACGUUUGACAAUGAGUGACCGCAAAACAUAUGGAGCAGUACAGCGCCAUCUGUUUUGGAUGACAAAAUAAGGAGCACGUUUUUUUUUGUUAGACUUCAGCUCUCUAUUAAAAUCAAUUCAAAUCGUAGUACUCAAUACAAAAACUUUGUGACUGAAAUAAAAAAGUUUCAAGGAAACUGUUACCUAUAAUAACUAUGUCAAUAACUGACUGAUAUUCUAAUUUGAGAUCACGAUUUACUAAAAUAGCUUACUUUGAUUAUUUCUUUUCUACUAUAACAUAGCCAAGCGUCGCCAAUAAAAAUGUUACUCGUACUGUUAAUACCGUGCGCCAACAUUAUUCAGAACGAAUUAAAAAAAAGAUUUACCUUCUUUUGACUCAAUGAACCUAUAAAAAUCUACGCCUUUUCCUGGUUUAGUAAAUUGUCAUCUCAGAGAAUGAAAACUUUACAAUAUUCCAAUUUAGUUUAAGUCAUAUCGUGCAAAUUAUAUCUAAACUAUUUAAAAUAAGGACAUUUUAGGUAAUCUUUGGUCUAAAUUUGUAGACGUCUUCAUACUGGACACAAUUUAUUUAAAAUUUAAAAUCUAUUUAUAAUCAAGGUUACCAAUGAAUUUUCGAAAACGGCGAAUUUUUAACACCUAUUUAGUUAAGAACGAAGUUGGAUGGACGUAAAUAUAAAACUUGGCAUUGGACAUAAAUGGGAAAAGUAAUGAAAUCUUGAAUAAAAUAUUCUGAUCAGGCGUUUAUAACGGAUCUCAUAUAUUAAAAUCAUAAGACGGAGAAUAUCUAUAAGUAAAUAAAGUACGCCAAGUUGGUUGUUGUAGGUAGAUACGGGAAAGUAAAUCGAUUUGUCGCAUCGAAAUGUUUUAAUACCUUGAAAUAUAUCGAAUGAAAUAUAUUUAUUUUGCUAUAAGAUAAAAUUGGUACAUGUGGGGUCAUACACCAAUUUAGAAUAUAUUUUUAUUUCCGAUGAUUAAUAAUGAAACAGGUCAAAACACUUACACGUCGAAAUAUAUUCGAAUAUUUAUUUACAUUUAGUUUGUAACUGACCGACGGUUUUAAAUUUGAUUGUAUACCUUAAUACAAACUGUAUAAAGUCCAUAUUUGAACCGCGAUGCCUAAUAUUACGCUUGUCAUAUUGGCUCUCAACUCAAUGUAAGUCAAUACGGGUAAGUGUGGCAUACAGGUAAGUUCAUACAUUUGGCACUAAGCGAAAGUAGCCAAUGCAGUAAAAAGUAGCAAAUGUAUACACUCACAGUAAACACUAAUAAUGUGUAAACUGGCCCCAAAAUUAA